AUGGUUAUUCUAACUAUUGCUCUGGCUCUUUUGUAUUCUGUUGGGAACUCAUGCACACGAAUUUACGAUGAAUUUUGCACCCAAACGAAUAGCGAAUGUGGUCAUAAUAUGGUCUACAAGACUGUUGAACGAUUAAUUUACACUGAUGAAAUAUUAAAUCUUGAAACGUGCAUUCAAGAGUGCAAAUGUAUCAGCGAUGAAUAUGUGCAAACCGAUGGACAGUGCAUUAAGCAAAACAACAUUCCAGUGCGAAACGAAACUGAGCGAAUUUCUGAAAUAUUACCCAAACACUGUGCGGGAAGAUUGUGUGCACUUGAUGAAGAAAUCUCUGAUACUCUAUGUUCAUUAACAGGCCAGAAAUGUGGAACAAAUAUGGUCUUCAAGACCGUACGUCAGUCUUUACGCAUGAGACUGGGUAUGCUGUCUUCAACGGUUUGCAUUCAGCAAUGCACUUGCGUCAAUGAUUAUGUGAAAAAGGAUGGACAGUGCAUUAAGCAAGACAGAGUUCCAAUAUGA